AACGGUUUCCAUUUCAACUAAAUACAUACAGGGUUCAGUCCAUGAGCGGUUAAUCAUUCACUUGAUGUAGGCUUAUCUACAAUCUAUUGGGGAGUGGCAGAGCCUUUCUGAAGAAUUAAAACCUAAAACCUUUGUUGAAAGAAAGAUUUCUUCAUUGAGCCAGUUCUGGAUUACAAUCCUCAAAUAAAUCUUUCUACAGAAUUUUCUAAGGAACUUGGUUGACCAUCUUCUAUAACAUUUUCUAAAGUCUAACAGAAACCCAAGAUCUGCUAUCAUGCCCCAGUUCCUGCAGUGUGGUGCCUGCUCGUGUAGUAUCACCUCCCCCAAGCUGCUCUCCUGCCUGCACAGCUUCUGUCAGAUAUGUUUGAAAGAUCAGGAUGGCUCUCACAUUGUCACCUGCCCCACCUGCCACCAGCCCACCAAGAAGGCUGAGGUGAAUGACAACAAGCUUUUAUCUGACCUGCAAAGCAAACUGGUCAUCCUGAGGCAGAUAGGCAGGGGCGGUGACCUGUUCUGCUCUUGCUGUAAUGCCUCGGCGGGGUCCAUGUGCUUCGAGUGCGAGAAGUUUCUGUGCCAGAAGUGUUUUGAAGCCCACCAGGUGUUCACUGCGAAGGACAGUCACUCAGUGGAGAGCUUGGAGUCCCUGAAAGAGAUGAGCUUCCAGGAAUUCCUGGCCACUGCUCGGAAGAAGAGGCAGCCCUACUGCCCCAACCACGACAAAGAGACAAUCAGCAUCUUUUGCCGAUCGUGUUCCAAGUCCAUUUGCUGCACAUGCACAGUCCUGGCGCACGGGUUGCACGACUAUGCUGACAUCAAGCUGGAGGCCCAGCUGCAGAAACAGGACCUUACCAAAAUGUCCAAUGCGCUCCUGGAAAAAGAGAAAGAAUUCGCCAAAAUCUACCAGGAUUUCCUGUCUCUACAGGACCACAGUCGGCACCAUAAGAAGGAGCUGGUACAGCAGAUCACAGUGUCAGUGAAAGAAGCCUUGAGGAAGGUGGAGCAGAAGGAAGAAGCCCUCUUGAAAGAGCUAGAGGGAAUUUACAAGGGCAUGGAUGCCAAGAUGAGCAAGAAGCUGCUUUGCAUGGAGAAUGUGCAGAAGAGAAUUGAAGGCAGCAAGAAUCUGGUGGAGAAAAUGAUCAAGUACGCCACUGAUGAAGAAGUGGUGGAGAUGCAGGCGUUUGUGAAAUCAUCUCUGCAGCAGCUCCAGAGAAGUGAAAAUGGGAAUGCAAACGCACUGGACUUCACAGUAGAGUUUAAGAAAACUGACCUGGAGCCACUCAAUCUAUUGGGCAGCCUAGUGGUUCAUAAAGGUCCACCACAACACAACAACCUCUUCCAGUCUUCUCACAGGUCCAACACAACACAGCAACCCCUUCCAGUCUUCUCACAGGUCCACCACAACCCAACAACCCCUUCCAGUCUUCUCAUGGGUCCACCACAACACAACAAUCCCUUCCAGUCUUCUCACAGGUCCACCACAACACAACAACCCCUUCCAGUCUUCUCACAGGUCCACCACAAUCCAACAACCCCUUCCAGUCUUCUCACAGGCACGCCACAACCCAACAACCCCUUCCAGUCUUCUCACGGGUCCACCACAACCCAACAACCCCUUCCAGUCUUCUCACAGGCAUGCCACAACCCAACAACCCCUUCCAGUCUUCUCAUGGGUCCACCACAACCCAACAACCCCUUCCAGUCUUCUCACGGGUCCACCACAACUCAAAACCCCUUCCAGUCUUCUCACGAGUCCACCACAACCCAACAACCCCUUCCAGUCUUCUCACGGGUCCACCACAACUCAACAACCCCUUCCAGUCUUCUCACAGGUUCACCACAACCCAACAACCCCUUCCAGUCUUCUCACGGGUCCACCACAACUCAACAACCCCUUCCAGUCUUCUCACAGGCACGCCACAACCCAACAACCCCUUCCAGUCUUCUCACAGGCCCACCACAACCCAGCAACCCCUUCCAGUCGUCUCACAGCACCAUUCUUCUCACGGUCCAGUAUUACUCUUUCUCAGGCCAGGUUGGCUAA